AUGGAGUCUGAACCGUCGUCCGCCACCACCGGCCACCUGGAGCGCUCCACCUCGCAGCUCUCGACCACCUCGCUGAGGAGCGGCCGCGGCCAUACCAUGCGCGCAAAGUCGCGCCAGAGAGCAAAACUCACCUCACAGCCCUCGAGCUCCGCCUCGUCCAUUGCCGCGUCCGACAAGUCGCUCACGUCAUUCCCGUCCUUCUCCCCCGACUCGCCCCGCGCCGACCCGCCCUUCUUCGACAACAUCACCUCGGCCGCCUGGAACGCCAGCCCGACCCACGACGCCAGGAGGAAGCCCUCCAACUCGCAGAGCGUCAACUCCAUCGUCGACGACCUGACGUCCGAGAGCACCCCCCGGACGAACAGGAACUCGCUGUUCGAGGACACCCCACUCUCCACCAGAAAGAUCCCGGGCGCCCUUCAUGUCGCAGAUGACGACCACAUCCAGCGCCUGAUCAAUCGCCAUGGCGCCGUCAAUCUGGUCCGCCAGGUCGCCGAGGACCUGGCCCAGCGCGACGCUCAGAUCGCAAAUCUACGGAGGAGGGCCGACGAGAGGGAACGGGCUCUGCGGAAGAUUAUAUUAGAAUGCGGACUGUCCAACUUGGAUCUCGAGACGCGGCUGCGCGUCGUUGAGGCCGACUUGAAAGCACAGGACCAGUCCAAGAAGGGAGGUCUUUCGGAUCUGAUGAGCGACGCAAUGCAAGAUUCCGUGUCUCACGGGAGCUCAUUAUAUGGUAGGCUCAACGACGCUACGAUCAGGGCAACGGGCGUGUCCACGCCGAAAGAGAACGAGCCCAAGGGCACCAUGCGCGGCUGGAAGGAUUGGAUAUUGGGAACGGGCACGAGCAAGAGGAAUAGUAGGGCGAGCAGUGUCAACGGCGACGGGGCCAAGGCCGCCCUGCGCGGUCCCACGACCGGCGAGCGCCGACCAACCAUACAGGAGGAUCUUUUCACACCGCCAGACACCGAGUCCGUCAGGAGCUCUAGCCGGGCUUCCAGCAUAUACUCCGCUCCUGGACCGAGGAAGCCGUCGGCAUCGCUUGCCAGCAUGGCACUCCAACUAGUCGCCGGCAAGGCUACGGGUCGGGACGGCGAUUCCGUCAGAGGAAGAUCCGAUUCUGCGGGCUACGCUGGCUCUUUGAGAACCUCAUCUGCUGCGAGCGGCCGGACUAAUGUGUCAACCCGAGCCGUAUCUACUCAGAUGGGCCCAAAGGCCCUCAUGGCCAUGCGGCGGGCGGCACCCACCCCCAUGAACGCUGCGCCCCGAAGUACACCACACGAAAGAUGGGACAGCACUGGUGCCAGCCCACCCAGCCCAUCCGGUGGGCGCCCCGAUAACUUUGGCCCGGUAGAGAUGGAUACCAUCUUCUCGCCAGAGGGCCAGCCUCCAAUCCUGACCCACGUAUAUAAUAAUCACGCCGGAUCAGAGUUCUUGAAGGAUAGAUUUGGUUUCAUUUAUGACCAGCGAAGAAAAAAGCGGCAGAAGGAAGCUGCCCAGGUCGCCCUUCAGAUGAAAAGGGGCAGCCGUACUGAAAUGCUCUCGGGCGGGAGGGCCAAUAUCUCACCAAAUUUGGUGGAGGACGACGUCAAAUCCUUAACAGAGACAGGGUCUGUCGAAAGACCAGAUAGCCCCUCAUCGACAGGAGAUAUUCUAGACCAGGGAAGACCCAAGAGAUGGCAAGACUACCUCAAGAUCGCGACCUUUCCCACUGAACUUUUAUCCCAUACGCCUUCAAUAACAGCGUCCGCCCUGGAGGUACUCGAAGCGAAUGAAGCCAAUACGCCAGCAGGCUUGAUGACGGCUGAGGGGCGUGGCUUUGUUCCACCCGCGAGCACCACUGCCGCCGUCAAUGAUGAGACAGCAGCGAGCGAGACAGCAAAACCCAGCGAGGAUGCUUCGAUGGUUACUGCGCCACAGGAAGACACUGAGCCUGUGAAACUACUACUGGAGCAGUUGAACGAGGUACACGAUGCACUGCAGCGCGACAAGACUUACCGCUGGAACGAUUUCCUACGCAAAGUACGCGCUGAAAGGAGACGCGAGGGUGAAGCUGCAGCGGCUGCUGCUGUUGCCGCUGCUGAGGCUCGCUUUCAACAAGCGCCCCUGAUGCUGCCUGAAGCAAAGCUAGCCGACGGCGAGAUCAUCGGCGUUGCCGAUCUCGGCAUGAAGGGAAAGGUCGGCCGGGCGAAGUGGAACGAGUUUCGAAAUCUUGUCCUAGGCGGCAUACCCGUCACGUAUCGUCCCAAGAUCUGGUCCGAAUGCUCCGGCGCCACCUUCAAGCGUAUUCCUGGCUACUACGACGAUUUGGUCGCACAAGGUGCCGAGGGUCUUGAUCCUAGCACCGUCACCGACAUCGAUAGGGACAUUGACCGUACCCUCAGGGACAACAUCUUCUUCCUCAAGGGACCCGGAGUGGCUAAGCUGCACGAGGUGUUGGUUGCUUACGCUAGACGUAACCCCGGCGUUGGGUACUGCCAGGGUAUGAAUCUGAUCGUUGCCAACCUGCUCCUGAUCAUGCCCUCCACGGAGGACACGUUCUGGAUCCUAACUUGCAUGAUCGAGCGGAUUCUGCCGGAGGGCUACUUUGAUCACAGCCUCAUGGCCUCGCGUGCGGACCAGCAUGUUCUGCGCCAGUAUGUCUCGCAGGUCUUACCAAAGCUUUCGCAGCAUCUGGAAGCAAUGUCAAUCGAGCUCGAGACACUGACAUUCCAAUGGUUCCUGAGCAUAUUCACAGACUGUCUCUCGGCAGAAGCGCUCUUCCGAGUGUGGGAUGUUGUUUUGUGCACCAACGACGGCAGCACGUUCUUAUUCCAGGUUGCCUUGGCGCUGCUCAAGUUGAACGAACAACAGCUGUUGCAAUGUGAUGCGCCGUCUGAGAUCUACACCUACAUCAACCGUCAGAUGACGAACCACGCCAUCAGUAUCGACGGCCUGGUCCAAGCCUCUGAGGGGCUGCGGAAAGUCGUCAAGAGGGAAGAUGUCGAGGAGCGAAGGGCCAAAGCUAUCGACGCCGACAAACAGCUUAUGCAGGAGCGAGAAGAGCAGAGGAACCAGGCAAAGCAGGCUCAGCAGAAAGCCAUCUCGGCCCCCGCCCUCAUCACACCCCGGAUCGCCUCUGGGAGCUCCAGCCGAAGCCCCAGCCCCCUGCCCAACGACAAGGGGCAGAGCGAGGACAACAGCGUGGCAAGCCUCAGCAUCGCAGACCUCAGAGAGUUUGAAGAGGAGAGGGCAAUGAUGGUGCGGACGCCGAUCCCGGCCGAGGAGGAGACGCAGCUGGGACUUGGCUGA